ACAUUGGAGAAGAAGCAGAAGGAAGAGGACACGAUCUGCUGCAUGGAGUGAAUAGGGCAGAGAAGGAUGCGGCAAAUCCAGGGUCCCAGCAGCAGGGUCACCAGUCAGGAGUGACAGGUGUCAGAUCCAGGGACCAGUAACCACACAGCUGGGCAGGGCUCCUGGGGAACCUGUAGCCUGGAGGAGGAGACAAAUCUCAGGACAGGAGCUGCUCUGCUGCCUCUUAUAUCAGUAUUCACACUACUAGCGGCUGUCAGUGUCUGCAGGACCUGCUCUGUCCCUACAGCUGGUGUCACGAUGCUCGAUGGACUAAAAAUGGAGGAAAAUCUACAAAAUGUCAUUGACAAGUCGGCGGCUCUGUCUCUAUUCGGGCGAGCUCUGGAUCAGAAGUGGGUGUGCGAGGGCUGUGACCGUGUGAUCUGUGACCGGUUUCUGCUGCGGAUCAGUGACAGUCUCUGGCAUGAGCAGUGUGCUCAGUGCUGUGCCUGUAAAGAACCCCUGGAGAGCAGCUGCUUCUAUAGAGACAAGAAACUGUACUGUAGGAAUGACUACGAAAAGCUAUUUGCAGUAAAAUGCGGAUCUUGCCUAGACGCCAUCACCCCCAGCGAGUUUGUUAUGAGGGCGCAGAAGAGCGUCUACCAUUUGGGAUGCUUCUGCUGCUGCGUGUGCGAAAGACAACUACAGAAGGGCGAUGAGUUCGUGCUCAAGGAUGGACAACUUCUCUGUAAGAGCGACUACGAGCGGGAGCGGGACCUGCUCAGCUUGGUCAGCCCAGCGGCCUCUGACUCAGGGAAGAGCGAUGAUGAUGAAGAUGGGAGCAAAUUUGAAGACGGGAAAGGAACAGAGGACAGUAAAGAUCAGAAACGGCCGAAGAGACCGAGGACCAUCCUGACCACCCAGCAGAGGAGGGCGUUCAAGGCUUCCUUUGAGGUCUCCUCCAAACCCUGCCGAAAGGUGAGGGAGACACUUGCUGCAGAAACUGGUCUAAGUGUCCGCGUGGUGCAAGUCUGGUUCCAGAAUCAAAGGGCAAAGAUGAAGAAGUUGGCAAGAAGACAGCAACAACAGCAACAGCAGCAAGAUCAGCAAAACCCGUCCCGAGUACCAGCAGCACAAACACACAGUUCCAGUAACUCCAGCAUUGAAGGAAUCCUGAACGUCUUCACAUCGCUCCCCCAGCAACAUCUACUUUCCAUAGAGCAAAAUAUAUAUAGUUCAGACCCAUUCCAGCAAGGGCUGACCCCCCCGCAGAUGCCAGGAGACCACAUGCAUCCUUACGGCGGAGAGACCAUGUUCCACGACAUGGACAGCGACGACGCUUCCCUGAACUUGGGCGAAUGUCUCCUAGCGGCACCUGACGUGGGGUCACUGCAGACCCGGGUGGGGAAUCCCAUCGACCGUCUUUACUCUAUGCAAAGUUCCUAUUUUACUUCCUGAAAGCAACAUUGUAGUACAAUAUUGUUACUCCGGAACUGGAAAUGAUGCUGGUUGUCUCCAAUUUCUGGUCAAAAUAUGACCAACCUUAGAGAUUAUGGCUGUCUACGAUGCUACUGAAAUUCCGGUCAUGCGUUGUUCUUUAGAAACAAUUUUCACUGGACCAUCAUCCGUAAUAUAUACAACAAUAGGGUUCUUCUUACUGGACUAUAGAGUGAAACCACUUGCUCAUUGGCAUCAUGUUGGCCACCAGAACUUCAUAGAAGAUCUUUAGAACCUUCUACGCCAAUGCUGGUGAGGUGGAACCUGGUCAAGAACUGAAGCUUAGUCACAAGAAAUGGAUACAUUCAAGGAGCCUCAUACCUGUUGUGUAUUCUGAAGCUUCGAAAGAUCCCCUUCACUUCUAUCGGAAGAUGUUGACUUUCCAAAGUGGAAGGUUGGAAGACCCAUCUCUGUUAAAGAACUCAAGAAGAAUCCAGAUAUGAGGUGGUUUUACCCACUGACUCAACUCACUGAAGCAUAUGAAGAAGCACCUAGUGCAGCAGGAACUUGGACACUCGUGAUCUCAAGAACAUUGAGUCGUUGACUUGAAGGACGUUGACUGGCAAAUUCAAUGUAUUAGACGUAUUAUCCAUGAUGCUGAUUGUACGGCCCAGCAAUGCCGCCAUUGGUUGAUAUUUAAUAUUGGACACGUACGUUAACUUAUGUCAGGUUUAGACUGAUUUGUUUUCUUCUUACCGUGAAGACGUCUGUGACAAUUUUUUUUUGUUUUUUUGUCAAUUAGUUGCAUUAUGUUUUGUUGUUGUUACUAUAAU